AUGAAACAGUCAGAACAACGAGAUCGCUGGUUGGCAUUGAAGAAAGACAUCCAAUUCCAAAUCUCCAAUGUCAACAACCAAAAUGUCAAGCAAACAGCUCAGUCACUCAUCUCCAAUCACAACCUAGUUAGAGCUCAAGGAAUAUUAGUCAAAGAAAUAAUGAAACGAUACACCCGAACAUCACUGAAGGACUCAAACGUAUUCAACAGUUUAGCAUGCUUAGCUGCCAUUAUUAAUUCCGAGCUUCUGUCAAUUGGCGAACUCUUGUGUUGCAGAGUUGUGCUUCAAUUCACAAAGAGUUACAUGAAGAACGACUAUAGCACAGUGGAGAAGAAUAUCACGUUUACAUGUGCCUUGGUAAAUCAAAGAGUUAUCCACGAGAUGGCAGUGCUACAUUUGUUACGGCUUUUGAUGUCCGACGCCGAUACAAACAUACUGAAGAUGCAAUUAGUGAGUAUCAUCUUAACUAUCAAUGGGAAACUACUAGACGAGACUUCUAAGCUGGCUAUGGGCAUUGUGUACGACAAGCUUAGAGAUAUGCUGUACAAUUCAAGGUCACGACAAAUGUCGGAUAUCAUAGAGAGGCUAAUUAGAAUCAAGCAAUCCAAAUUCAAACAGUAUCCCAUCUUGAAUUCUGAGUUUGAUGUCAUCAGUGAGGACGAUAGAAUAACCCAUGCAAUUGAUCUAACAGGGAAGGAGGACGAUGAUAGCAGUGAAGAAGAAGGGGAAGAAGAUAAUGAUGAAAAAGACAAUACUUUAAAACUGAAGGACGAGUUGAACUUCUUCAGGUUUGAUCCAAACUACGAGAUUAACGAAGAAAAGUACUUUCAACAUAUCCAAGAAUUGAAUCACGACACCGAAACUAAACUAACUGACUCAAAGGAAGAAGAACAUCAAGAUAAUAAUAAUAAUAUCGUUGAUAUGACCAAUGCACAAAUCUUGGAACACCAAAAGACAGUCUAUUUGACAAUGAUGUCAUCAAUGUCGUCUGAUGAAGCAGUCCAUAAAUUACUUCGACUUCGAGGGAUUCUGAAUACAGUUUUGGUCGACAUGAUUAUCAGAUCGUGUGCGCAAGAACGAGACUUCACUAAAUACGUAGGGGAUAUAGGCGAUAAGUUGCUUGGAGUAGAUGGGAAAUGGAGACAUAUUUUUCGGGAUAAAUUUGAUGAAUUCUAUGCCAACGGAGAUAAGUUUGAAGCCAGUGGGAUUAGAAAUAUCGGUAAAUUCUAUGGCCAUUUGCUCAGUACUGAUAAGCUUUCAGUUGAUGAUGUCUUUGAAAAUGUCACACUUGAUGAAGAACAUACAGAUUCAGCUAAGCGGGUGAUGAUUAAGUUUAUCUUUCAACAAAUGGUUACGGAGAUUGGCAUUUCAGGGGUUAAGGACAGAUUUAUACAUGACAUUGAAGUGAAGGAACAAAUAAGAGGAAUAUUACCAGUUGUCAAUGUUGACUGGAGAGAUGCAGAUCAAAUUAGAUUCCUGAUCAAUUUCUUCACAGCAAUUGGUCUCGGUCAAUUGACUGAUGAAAUGCGUCAUAUGUUGAAUAAUCUCCUGCCACCCUCAAGUGAAGAAAUGGAAGAACAAGAGUCAAGAGGACGAAGAAACUCUCGGGGGAGUGCUUAUGAUUCCGAUCGAAGUUUCUCCAGAAGUAGAAGUAGAAGCCAACAAAGCUAUUCUCGGACACCUAGUCGAGAAAGACCUUCUUCUCGUUCGCCUUCUCCUUCUAGUUCCAGAAUGCAUUUCAAUCGAUUUGGUUCAAAGUCAUAG